AGGAAACACGCCCAUUUGCAGGCGCAAAAGAGAGAAAACGAAACCAACUCUCUCUUCCUGGUGAGGCAGCAGCCAUGGCUGCUUCUGGGGGUCCCGUGCAGGAUCUCUGCGAGGAAGCCACUUGCCCCAUCUGCCUGGAGUAUUUCAGGGAUCCGGUGAUCAUCCCGGAGUGCGGGCACAACUUCUGCCGAGCCUGCCUGAUCCAGUGCUGGGGGGAAUCUGAGGGAGAGGCUUCCUGCCCUCAGUGCAGGGAAAUCCUUCAGCACAGGAACCUCAUCCCCAAUCGGCCGCUGGCAAAUGUUGUGGAAAAACUUACAGUCGGGAAACUCCGUCUUCAUGAGGAAAAGGGGGCCGAAGGAAAGGGGAGGGUCUGCGGGAAGCACCAGGAGCCCCUGAAGCUCUUCUGCAAGGAGGACGAAAGCCCCAUCUGUCUCGUGUGUAAUGUAUCCAAGGAGCACAAAAGCCACGAGGUGAUUCCUCUGGAGGAGGCGUCCCAGGAGUACAAGGAUCAGAUCAGCACCUGCCUAGACAACAUGAAGAAGGAGAGAGAAAAAUUUCUGGUGUUUAAAGCAGACGCAGAAAAGGAAAGUCAAGACUUGCUUAAACAAACAGGUGCAGAGAGGGAAAAGAUGGUGGCUGAGUUCAGGCGACUGCGCCAGUUUCUGGAAGAACAGGAGAAACGUAUUCUGGCCCAGAUGGCAGAAGUGGAGAAGGAGAUUGCAGCCCAAAGGGAGGAGCACCUGGCCAGACUCUCCAGGGAACUCUCCUCUCUUGACAGCCUCAUCCGGGAGAUGGAGGAGAAGCUUCAGGAACCAGCGAGUGAACUCCUGCAGGAUAUUGGAAGCUUAUUGCAGAGGUCUCAGGAGAAGGAGAACUUAGAGGAUCCUCCUGUGGCUUUUCCUCCUGCCCUGAAGUGGAAGAUCUGGGACUUCAAAGAUAUAAAUCCCUUCCUGGAGGGAGUCAUGAAGAAAUUCAGAGACACUGUGGAAUCUGGACUUGAGCUGCAAAAAGAAAACAUAACUUUGGAUCCAGACACAGCAAAUCCCUGGCUCAUCCUGUCUGAGGAUCGAAAGAGCGUGAGAGAGGGAGAAGUGCGUCAAGGCCUGCCAGACAACCCUGAGAGAUUUGACAUACAUAGCUAUGUACUGGGAUGUGAGGGUUUCACAUCAGGCCGACGUUUCUGGGAAGUCAUUGUGGGGAGCGAGGGGGAGUGGGCCGUGGGGGUGGCCAGAAAGUCUGUGAAGAGGAAGGGCAAGUUCUCUUUUGGUCCUAGUGAAGGGAUCUGGGGUAUGGGAAAGUGGCGCGCUAGGUACAAGUUCUGCUCCCCCCGUAAGGAGCCCAAGAGGAUCCGAGUGGCCCUGAACUGUGAAGGGGGGUGGGUGUCCUUUUACGAUGCUGAUACAGCAGCCCUUCUCCAGUCAUACUCAGCAGCCUGCUUCUCAGGAGAGACCUUCCAGCCCUUGUUUUCUGUGUCUGCCAAAGGCCACUUAGCACUCUCUGAGGAUAGAGACAGACAAGCAGAUACAUAUCACCACAUCUUCGAUCUAAGUUCUCUCUUAUCUCAGAGGCACGUAGUGGAUCUCUGCGAGGAAGCCACUUUGCCCAUCUGCCUGGAGUAUUUCAGGGAUCCAGUGAUCAUUCAUGAAUGCGGGCACAACUUCUGCUGGUCCUGCCUGACCCAGUAUUGGGGGAAAUCCGAGGGAGAGGCUUCCUGCCCUCAGUACAGGGAAAGGGUGGAUCAAGGCAGCGUCAGGCCAAACCAGCAGCUGGCAAAUUUUGUGGAAAUAACCCAGAAAUUCAGGCUUCUGGGCAGAAAAAUGGAGGCCAAAGGAAAGGGGAGAGUUUGUGAGAAACACCAGGAGCCCCUGAAGCUCUUCUGCAAGGAGGACGAAAGCCCCAUCUGUCUGGUUUGUGACAGAGCCAAGGAGCACAAAAGCCACGAGGCGGUUCCUAUAGAGGAGGCGUCCCAGGAGUACAAGGAUCAGAUCAGCAGAUGCCUAGACAACGUGAGGAAGGAGAGAAAGAAAAUUCUGAUGUUUAAAGCAGAUGCAGAAAAGGAAAGCCAAGACCUGCUUAAGCAAAUGAAAGCAGAGAAGGGGAAGUUGGUGGCUGAGAUCAGGCAAAUGCACCAGUUUCUGGAAGAACAAGAGAAGCUUCUUCUGGCCCAGAUGGAAGAGGUGGAGAAGGAGAUUGCAAAGAAAAGGGAGGAGCACCUGGCCAGUCUCUCCAGGGAACUUUCCGCUUUUGAUAGUGCCAUUCGGGAGAUGGAGGAGAAGCUUCAGGAACCAGCGAGUGAACUCCUGCAGGAUAUCAGAAGCUUCUUGCAGAGGUCUCAGGAGAAGGAGAACUUAGAGGAUCCUCCUGUGGCUUUUCCUCCUGCCCUGAAGUGGAGGAUCUGGGACUUCUGCGAUAUUAAUCCCUUCCUGGAGGGAGUCAUGGAAAAAUUCAGAGACACACUGAGAUCUGGACUUCAGCAGCGAAAAGAAAACAUAACUUUGGAUCCAGACACAGCAAAUCCCUACCUCAUCCUGUCCAUGGAUCGAAAGAGUGUGCGAAGGGGAGACGUCUAUCAAGACCUGCCAGACAACCCUGAGAGAUUUGACAGAUAUAACUAUGUGCUGGGAUGUGAGGGUUUCACAGCAGGCCGACAUUUCUGGGAAGUCAUUGUGAGAAGAGGGGAGGAAUGGGUGGGGGUGGCCAGAAAGUCUGUGAAGAGGAAGGGUCUUCUCUCUUUUGGUCCUGGGGAAGGGAUCUGGUGUUUGGGGAAGUGGGGCGGUGGGUACCAGUACUUUGUUCCAAAAGAGGAGCCCAAGUGGAUCCGAGUCACCCUGAACUGUGAAGGGGGACGGGUGUCCUUUUACGAUGCUGAGAGAGCAGUCCUCCUCCACUCAUUCUCGGCAGCCUCCUUCUCAGGAGAGACCCUCCAGCCCUUCUUUUAUGUGGCUGCCACAGGCCACCUGACAAUCUCUGAGUGUAGAGACAGACUAGCUUCCCAGUUCACUGCUAAGUAUGCUUCUCAAUGCCAGCAAUCCUAAAUCAGCAGAGCGAUGCGCAACAUCAGACCGCUUCAGGAGCUCUGACCCAGACAACGAAGGCAGUAACUCACAGAGGCAAUUAAGCACAGACAGAAAUAUUUCACUACCGGGUCAUAAAAGCUUAAUGGCUCCCAUUUACAGAGUUCGCCUCACUAAGAGUUUCUUCCUUAGAGUUUCCCAGGUUUUGCUUUUUGCGACCCACAAUGCCCUACUCUUCCCUCUCUGUCAGCUUGCCAGAUAAAUGCAUACUAAACACAGUUUUCAUACAGCUGCUGUAAGAACAGAAGCAGCUCCUCUCACAGAUGCGGCCUUGACGAAAGAUAAACAUCCAGCUUUCUGACAGCUUCUAGCAGUUUUCGGAAUCUUCUGGAAUCUUCAAGAUCAUUCAGUUAGCUCUGGAAAGAAUGAAAGCUCACCCUCACCCCAACAACUCAUCGCCAUGAUGACAUUUCAGUCGUCUCAAUCAAAAUCCCUUUCCUUCAAUUUAUGUGGCGAUUCGGCAAAAUCUCCCUAUUCAAAGAGAUCCAAAAUUUGCGUGUGACUCACUUAUGUAUUAACAGCCUUGGGCACUUUGUUGAAACAAACAAAAAAUAGAAAGAAGGGGGAGACUGCGGGGUGGGACACUGUCAGAAGGGGCCGUGUAACAUGCCUGAACUAAUGUGGAAAUAUGUUUCAUGUGUUAACAUCUUUGAUUUUAUUAAAGAUACGGCUACUA